GUUACCAACGAGAUGCAGCAGCACCACCAACACACACCUCACUCUAAAAUGGGGCUCAACAGGGCGAAGGUGUUGCUGGACAGAAGCUCAUCAAUCAGCAGUGAUCUGGAGAGAUGUUCUCUUCACACAGGCGCUGAGGAGAACAAUAGGAGCAGCUCUCCGAGCAGAGUCACUGUGGAGAAACUAGAAAGGGAACAUACCAAGCUGAAGAUGCACUAUGAAGAGCUAAGGUGCCAGUAUGUGCAGAUCCUAGAGGAGGCAAAGGAGGAGAGGUUUGAGGAGAGGAGAGUCAAUCUACUGAAAGCUCAAGUGAUGCAGCUGGAGAGACAGGUGAUUUUGCUGUCUGAGGGCUUGAGCUCGCAGCUCUGCUGCAGUCAGGAUGUGGAGAAAUCUCUUGAUCCUCUAACACAGAGAUUAAGAUCACUGCUGAGCUGUGGGACUGAUGCAGAUGUGGUCAUUGCCCGGUCAGAGCUCACCCAGCUUGUGGAAAGGUGUGAGGAUGUGAAGCAGAAGCUCCACAGGAGCAAUAAGGUGACCGCAGUGGAGGACCUGGCCAUGCCCUGGCUGCUGAGUGGGUCAAAACUGACCAAGCAGCCCACCACCUUGCUGGAUCUCUGCUAUGGCAAGACAAAUAACCUAAACCUUCAGCAAGUGAGCGCUCUGGAGUCCCGGCUCAGCCAGCUGUUCAAACACCUGCACGGAAUAAGGCAGACCCUCGGCCUCAUCCUUGCCCCUUACCAAGAUUCCCGUAAUCCCAAAAUACCAUCCGAACAAGUCCUGUCUCCCCCAGCUCCUGCGGCUGUCUACUCCCGGCUACUGAACCAGGCCAGCCUCUGCUGCACAGACCUGGACCGCUGUUGCCUUGACCUCCUGACCCUGUCCCUCAUCAUACCUUCUGCACCCUGGGCUGGCCCACAGCAGCGGGUGAUUCCAGACCUGGAGGUGGAGAACAUCCUGGCAACGCUACCCGCCUUCCCCCGGGGAGCACCCCUCCAGCGAGCCAGACGCUCCGCCCAGGCCCUCAGCCGGGCCGCCAAUUACUCACUGCUAAUGGCCCAGCAGCAGGUGCAAGCUUUAGAGACUGAGCUGGAGUUCCACAGGAGCCUGUACAGCCUGCAGGUGAGAACCAUAGAGGAGCUGGUACAGGGGAUCCGCCAGGCAUACCAAACCUUCCAAGAGAACAUCUCCCUCAAUCUGUGUGCGCCAAUGCAAGAUGUCCUUUCAUGUUAUGAGGAUCUGAGGGGCUCGGCAUCGGAGGCUGCUCUCCGCCGCUUCCUGUCAGCUUUUAAGAGCAGCUCUGCACAGAUACGCGAGGCAGUGGAGGCCCUCGGCCCUUCAAAGAGUCAAGGAGAUGAGGUCCUGGCGCAGUAUGGCCGUGAUUUCCUGCAGGCUGUGGAAGAGCUCCUGAAGGACUGUGCUGAGAACAGAGAGAAAGUGGCCAAUCAGCUUCACAACCUGCAGCAAGAGCAUCAGCAGGCCAUACGUACCCUGCACUCACUCAGAGCCCAGCGGAGGGAGACCAACAUCCCGUCAGACCAGCCUCACACAGGCACCACUCAGCAGGACAGCCUGGAUCAGUCUGGAAGCUCUGGAGACCCCAGCAGCACUGCUCCGGAAAAACAGCCCUCUCUCCUGCCAGCCCAGCAGAGGCACAGAGUGCUAAGAAAGACCCUGACAGUGGAUGUCACAUCCGAUACCUACAGACAUGGCCCGUCCCAACCGGCUGGGGUCAACCAGAGGCUGAGGAGGAGGAGUUCUCCCCAGGGCAAGAGCAGUAAGGUAGCAGCUAGACCAGAGUGGCAGAGCUAAUUUUAGAUGCAGGGAAAUUUUAGCCACAAUAAAUAUGGACAGACAUUUAACUGAAAAUAGUUACUUGCUUCUCUGUUUUUUUACAUUACAUAAAUAAAGGUUCUUUACUAGUUUUAGGGCUCUUCAAUAACAGUUACGUUACAUAGAGGUUCUCUAAACUUUAAAAAGGUUCUUCACACUGAUAUGUCUCAUUUACAAAAAUGGUUCUCUGAGGAGCCAUCCACUGAAAGGUUUUUAGGGAAGUGGUUCAUCUGUGGUUUUAUGCAAAGAACACAUUUUGGAACAAUGUAGCAAAAAAAACUUUGCUUUAGCUUUUAAAAGAUUCUUCACACUUGCAGGUAUAUUUUACAACAGUGGAAGCAUCACUUGAAAGGUUCUUUAGGGAACCAAAAGGCAUUUUUCCAUGGCAUUGCUUAAAAGAACUUUUCUGGCAGCUUUAUUUUUAGGCAUGCGUGACUAUUCACUACUGAAAAUACAAUAGAUUUUUCUAUUUUAUUGUAUUCAUUUCAAGUCCCUGUUACUCAGUUCUUGA